UUUUCUACCCUAACUUAUAUGCUUCUCAUAUCCCUUCCGCCGUCCCUCUCCUUCUCACCCUCUUCCUGCCUCUUUCUAUAUCACCGCGCUGCCGCGCCGUCGAGCCGGAGAUGAUACACGUUGUUUCAUUUCUAUGGAUUGGAUGUGGUCUCAUUUGAUUCUUCUCGUUUCUUAAAAUGGAAAGAAAACACAUCUAAAAUUACUCUUUUACCCUCACUUUUUUCUCUCUCCCCCAAUUCUCAAUAUCUUAUUCCGUACAUCUGGUGGAGGGAUGAAAUUCUUAGAUCAGAAAAGUCUUUCAAAUCUUAGCAGCGCAGUGGAGCUUUUAGAUCUACCGUAGAGCUUUCCGAUUUGCGACAAAGCUUCUAGCAACCCAAUAUCACUGAACCGGCCCAUUAUCAUUAGCGGGAACACUAUAGAAAUCCUUCUCACACCAUUGUAUAGAUAGAGAUUGGGCUGACGUUAAGGUCUUCUAUGGCUUUGAAAGGCGUGAGAAUUAGGCACUUGGGAUUGCCGGUUUUAUCAGUCAGGCACAAAGGCUUUGUGAGAUUGAAUUCGGGUUCGAGCCACUGCUCUGAGGAAUCUAAGGAAGAAUCUCUUACUUCUGAAUGGUAUGACCAAGCCUUCUCCAAGCUAUCAAGUUUGUCCAACUCACUGAAGAAUGUGGAUUUGGUUAAUGGAAGGCUUGUCAAUGUCACACACAACUCGAGUGUUCAAGAUGACAUUUUGCUCGAAACCAUGAUCCAUUUCAAGUCCCUAGCUAGAGACUUCAUUGGAGGUCCUUUAGUUCAAGAAUCCAUGAGGAAGAAUAUGGUGAAGAUGGAUUUCAGGAGCAGCAAUCCUGGAGGCAACCGUCUUCCUUGCUUUAACAAAGCCAGCGAGAGGGAACCGAUGACUGUGAAUUCCCUUACAAAGGUUUCCGGUUUCUUGAAUGUUACUGCUCAACAGAGGAAGGUAGUCAGGGCAACGGUCUGCCCACAGGUAACCGAACAUCAGGUUUGGACGGGUGCGCUUGAACUGAUACUGGGUGAACUGAAAUCCGAGAUAGAGCAUUUGGAAUCUAGGUUCCCAAGUAGAGAAGUAAAAAUGGGAAAGCAAAUAGUCGCGGGCUGUCUCAAGGUUUUGGACAUUGCAGUUUCUUACAACCCGGAUUCCAGUUCGUGGAUGCGAGUUGCACCAGCAAAAGGUGAAGUUUCACCACCUACUACUCCUCACAAAUGGGAGGACAUUCUUGAAAUGGUCAUCGAUCUUGUGGACUGCUUGAGAGAAGUGAAGGAGUUGUCUCUAGAGGUCAAGAAGGCAGAGGUCAUGAAAGAAGGUCUGUAUCAGAUAAGGGAAAUUCGGAUAGACAAAAACAUUGGGUACAGGGACAAUUGCCAUCAAGAAAGCCUGGUGAAGAAGAUAUUAACCAAGAGAUUGGGCCACUCAUCUCCGUGUUUAUUUACACUUCUCACGUACUAUCUCUACGGCAGCAUCAGAGAUAUUGAAGUGGAAGUUCGCGGCGGGGUUUGUGCCAUUGGUCGCGGGGAUAGGUUUCGGUUGUGCAUGGGAAAGAUAUUGACAUCACAUGAAGAGGAGAUGGUAUGGAGAGGGGUGAAGCAGCUGGAUAGGGCCAUGGGGUUGUUUAAGUUCAUUUGGGAAACAGCAGGAAUGAAAGGAGAUCUUGUACUCCAAGGCCAUCUAUGGUGCAUUGGCACCCAUAGUAGAUCACUCACAUAUAGAGGAAAUACAUUCUUCUUGCACGCGAUUGAUCGUUAUCUCUAAUAUUUUCUUCAACGAAGAACAUUCCAAACGCUGUUGAGCUGGGGAUCUUUGAGAAAUAGUAUCUUCAUUUCUAAGUAUGGUAAGAUCUACACAUACUCACUCUCUCCUCCCCAGACCUUACUUUGUGUGAGAUUUUGCCGGGUUUGUUGACAAAAACGUUCAAAUGGAUCAUUGUUCCAAGUUUUUUUCCCUUUGUGCAUUAAGGAGUUGUGAAAUGAAGAAUCUAAUUGAAU